AUGGAUCCAGACGUGCUAAUAGAUGCUGCCGCCAGCAGCGACGACGACGCUUCCAGCACUGACAACUUCAAUACAGAGCAGGUCAGCUGUGCCGCUGUCCCUGAUCACGAAGCUAGGCCUGCAUCCAGUGAAACCAGCCUCGAAAGUUCCCUCACAGGCGGCAGCAGUACACGUGAGCCAGCGUCAGGUGCAAGUCUAGGCGUGUUAAGCAGAAGUGUUGGUGAAAACAACGCGACACCAUCAGCCGCCAGCCACCCUGCCUUCGCAAUGGAGCAACCGCCUACGAUGCUGACAGAAGAUGAUAUUGAGCGCUUCAGAACGCUAGCAAACUCUAUACCUCAAGUGUCAGGUAAAUGGGAGUACCUGCACAAUGUUUUCCUCAAGGAGCAUCCUGAUUCCCAGCUGAGUGCAAAUGCCCUACGGUGCAGACUGAAAGAUCGUCGUAUGCGUGCUCCGAGCACUGUGGAAGCCGCGGUCCAGUUGACUACACCCGUCGGAAGGAAGAGAUCUCGUGCGACAUCGUGUGCAAGCUGUCAAAAGAAGCGAAAGAGAUGCGGAGAUACGAGUGUCAAUCCGUCGUGUACACGAGCAUCGAAGCCAAUAAGCUCCUCGAUAGAUUCAUUCUUCAGUACCUUAUCUCAAUAG